CUGUGAAUAAAAUAUACAAAUACAAUAAGCGAACUAAUUAAAAUCAAAUUCGAAAAAACCUGCUUUUGCGUCUCUGUUCAGGAGAUUACAUUUUUAAUACUUCCCACAAACACGAGAUAUGCAAGUAUCGCCCAUCACAAACCGGCUAACGAAUACCACCACUAGCAAAGGAAAGUAGUCAAAAAUGUGCUCGAAUUAUCAGGAUUUAUAUAAAAAGGGGCUGGAUCGCGGCGAACAACAGAAGCAACGACAGCAAGAACUGUUGAAGCAACAAAAGCUGAGGCGACAACAGGGCCAAGACGAAGCCCGGCCCAUAAAAAAGGCAGAAAAAACCCCGCCAAAACCACAUCGCAAGCAGCCUGCCAACGACAAGGGAACGCCGUUCAGACUUCAGUUCUCCGAGUGGCUGCGACACAAGCCGGAUAAUCUAGGGGAGUGGCUGCUGGUCCCGUGCCCGGUCGGCAGGAGAUGUAUGGUCAUAGCCAGCAAUGGGAAGACCAAGGUUUACAACAAGGCAGGAAGGGAGUUCAUGAGGCUGCGUACGUUGCUGCCCGGUGAUAGUCAUGUGCAAAAGUGCAGAACGGUGCUGGACUGUGUGUAUGAUGAAGAAACACAAACCUUUCACGUGCUGGAUGCCCUUUCCUUUGGCCAGCAGUCACUUCAGGACUGCGAGGCAUCCUUCCGGUUCUAUUGGCUGCGGGCCCGUUUCGAGGAGAACGAUUAUGCACAAAAGGGGGAUCGCAACGAUAAGUCUUUUGUGUUGUUGAAUCACUAUGACUUCGAGGACGCUUCUGCGAUAGAGGAAAUCCUCCAAAAGUACCCUAUAUGGCAGGAGAAUCAACCCAAACUGGAUGGAUUCCUGUUCUACCACAAGGAGGCCAGCUACGUGUGCGGAACAACGCCCCUGGUUUGCUGGCUUUUUUCCUACAUGCUGCCGGAUGUGGUGGAUUUGCCAGUGAAUGGCAACUAUGUAGCCCCCGAGGACUACCAGCCCAGACUAGUACUUCAGUAUAUGGAAGAGUUCGAUCAAAAGCUAAAGCAGCUGAGGAAGCAGCGGCCCAAAGAGAUUGCGAAGAAAUCAAAAAAGAAGAAAGGAGAUGAACCCCAGACUUCUAUGGAGACAAACAAGGAAGAGGAGGAGGACGGUGAGAGCGAUGAAUAUGCCGGGCUCAAGUCUCUGCUCGACCAUCAGCGCCGGCUGGAACUGGGAGAGCUGGACAUGGACUGUGAAGAAACGCCGUCAGCUGUUGACUGUUGAGCGGGCGGUGGUG